AUGGCGCCUCCUGCUCCGCCGCCGCUUCACUUCCGCCACUCCCUCGCCGUGCGCGUGCGCCGCGCCCUCGCUGCCGCCACUCCUUCUCGGUGCGCGUGCGCCUCUUCGUCACUUCCUGUUCUCCCUCGCUCUGCGCGCGCGCGCGGCCCAGAGGCGGGAAACUCGGGCUCGGCGCCUGCGCAGAAGCCAAAGCGAAAGCGGAAGCGGCGCAGCGAGGGGGAAGGGAAGAUGGCGGCGGCCGCGGCGGCCCCCGAGGACGAGCUGGUCUCGUCGGUGACGCUUUACCGGCGGCGGCCGCGGCUGCUCCGCGGGACCGUGCUGCCCUUCGCCGCCGGCCUCUACCCGGCCUGGCUGUGGCUGUGGGGGCCGCGCCUGUGGGCGCCGGGGGAGGCGGCGGCGCUGCCCGAGGCGGCGCUGUUGGCGCUCGGCGCCAUCGCGGCUCUGCAGCUGCUGACGGCGCUGGCCGGGCUCUGGUCUGUGCACGCCGAGUGCGCCCUCAGCUGCAACAGGGAGCCCUGUCCCCAAAAAGCCACCCUGGCCAAGGUGGUGCCGACCCCCAACAACGGCUCCGUGGAAUUGGUGCCGAUCCACAGGGAACAGGGUGAGGAUGGGCAGGAAGUGCUGAGCUUCGAGUUCCAGAAGAUCAAAUAUUCCUACGAAAUCCAUGGAAAAAAACAAUUCCUGCCCGUGGCGUUCCCUGUGGAGCAUCCCUUGGGAUUCUACCAGAAUUCCAGAGGGUUCCAAGAGGAGCAGGAAAUCCGGGAGGCCGAGAGGAAAUACGGGAAUAACAAGGUGGAAAUGGUGGUGCCGGAAUUCCUGGAGCUUUUCAAGGAAAGAGCCACGGCUCCGUUCUUCGUUUUCCAGGUUUUCUGCGUGGGGCUGUGGUGCCUGGACGAGUUCUGGUACUACAGCGUCUUCACCCUCUCCAUGCUCGUGGCUUUCGAGGCCUCCCUGGUGCAGCAGCAGCUCCGGAACCUCUCGGAGAUCCGGAAAAUGGGCAACAAACCCUUCAUGAUCCAGGUCUACAGGAACCGGAAGUGGCGCCCGAUUUCCAGCGAGGAGAUCGUGGCCGGGGACGUCGUCUCCAUCGGCCGCUCCCCCCAGGAGAAUUUGGUGCCCUGUGACCUCCUGCUGCUGCGCGGGCGCUGCGUGGUGGACGAGGCCAUGCUGACAGGAGAGUCCGUGCCACAGAUGAAGGAGCCGGUGGAGGGGCUGAGCCCGGAGCGAGUGCUGGAUGUGGGGACGGACGGGCGGCUCCACGUCCUGUUCGGAGGGACCCGCGUCAUCCAACACCUCCCGCCCCCGCGCGCCGCCGCAGGGAUCCGGCCCGUGGAUAACGGGUGCUUGGCCUUCGCCCUCCGCACCGGCUUCAACACCUCCCAGGGAAAGCUGCUCCGGACGAUCCUGUUUGGAGUGAAGAGGGUCACGGCCAACAACCUGGAGACCUUCAUCUUCAUCCUCUUCCUCCUCGUCUUCGCCGUCGCCGCCGCCGCCUACGUCUGGAUCCAGGGCACCAAGGAUCCCCGUCGGAACCAGUACCGCCUGUUCCUGGAAUGUGCCCUGAUCCUGACGUCCGUGGUGCCCCCGGAGUUGCCCAUCGAGCUCUCCCUGGCCGUCAACACCUCCCUCAUCGCCCUGGCCAAGCUCUACGUUUACUGCACGGAACCUUUCCGGAUCCCCUUCGCCGGGAAGGUCCAGGUUUGCUGCUUCGACAAAACCGGGACCUUGACCAGCGACCACCUCGUGGUGCGAGGGGUGGCCGGGCUCAGGGAAGGCAAGGAAGUGCUGCCGGUGUCGGAAAUCCCUCUGGAAACUCACCGGGCCAUCGCCUGCUGCCACUCCCUGGUGCAGCUGGAGGACGGGACAAUCGUGGGAGAUCCUUUGGAAAAAGCCAUGCUGACUGCCGUGGAUUGGACCCUGACCAAAGAUGAGAAAGUUUUCCCGAGGAGUCUAAAAACUCCGGGAAUGAGAAUUCACCAGCGCUUUCAUUUCUCCAGUGCCCUGAAGAGGAUGGCGGUGCUGGCUUCCGUGGAAAACGCCUCUGGAGAAAUCCGAUACCUGGCGGCCGUCAAGGGCGCUCCUGAGACCCUGCACGCCAUGUUAGCCCAAUGUCCCAGGAACUACCACGAGAUCCAUCGGGAAUUCUCCCACGAGGGCGCGCGGGUCCUGGCCCUGGGAUACAAAGAACUGGGAGCCCUGAGCCACCAGCAGGUGCGGGAGAUGAAGAGGGAAUCCCUGGAAUGCGACCUGAGAUUUGUGGGAUUCAUCGUGGUCUCCUCCCCACUCAAAGCCGACUCCAAGGCCGUGAUCCGAGAGAUCCAGAGCGCUUCCCACCACGUGGUGAUGAUCACGGGGGACAGCCCGCUGACGGCGUGCCACGUGGCGCGGGAGCUGCACUUCCUGCGCCGGGAAAACGUCCUGAUCCUGCAGGAACCCGAGCCCGGGCUGCCCUGGCAGUGGCGAUCCCGGGACGGAUCCGUGGCUCUCCCGGCAUUCCCGGAUUCCCUGCGGGAUCUGACGGAUCCCUUCGAGCUGUGCCUGACGGGGGAGGGGCUGGAGCAGCUCCGGCUCCGGGAUCGGGAUCGGCUCCUCCGGCUCAUCCCGCACAUCCGCGUCUUCGCCAGGGUGGCGCCCAAGCAGAAGGAAUUCGUGAUCACGGCGCUGAAGAGCCUCGGUUUCUGCACCCUCAUGUGCGGCGACGGCACCAACGACGUGGGAGCGCUCAAACACGCCGAUGUGGGCGUGGCCCUGCUGGCCAACGCUCCGGAGCGCGUUCCCGAGCGGAGGCGGCGGCUCCGGGACGGCCUCGGGGACAGCAGGGCCGGAAUUCCGGCCGGGAAUGUCAAACCCUCAUCCCGAGGAGCCAAGCACCGGAUCCUGGCCCAGCGGGAGGAGCAGCUGCCCAUCCACAGGGAGCGGCUGAGCCAGGUGCUGCGGGAUCUGGAAGAGGAAAGAGCCCCGGUGGUGAAGCUGGGGGACGCCAGCAUCGCCGCUCCCUUCACCUCCAAACUCUCCUCCAUCCAGUGCAUCUGCCACGUAAUCAAGCAGGGUCGCUGCACGCUGGUGACCACGCUGCAGAUGUUUAAAAUCCUGGCUCUGAACGCUUUGGUGCUGGCCUACAGCCAGAGCGUGCUGUUCCUUCAGGGAGUCAAAUUCAGCGACCUCCAGGCCACGCUCCAGGGGCUGCUCCUGGCUGGAUGCUUCCUUUUCAUCUCCAGGUCCAAGCCCCUGAAGACUCUUUCCAAGGAGAGGCCUCUUCCCAACAUUUUCAACCUGUACACGGUGCUGACGGUGUUGUUGCAAUUCCUGGUGCAUUUCCUGAGCCUGGUGUUCCUGUACCGGGAAGCGCAGGAGCGGAGCGAGCCCAGGGAGGAGGAAUUUGUGGAUCUGAGCCGGGAAUUUGAGCCGUCGCUGGUGAACAGCACCGUGUACCUGCUGGCCAUGGCCAUGCAGACAGCCACCUUCGCCAUCAACUACAAGGGCCGGCCGUUCAUGGAGAGCCUGGCCCAGAACCGGGCGCUGCUCUGGGCUCUGCUGCUCUCGGCCGGGGCCGUGCUGGGGCUGCUCAGCGGAGCCUGCCCCGAGCUGGGGGUGGCCUUCGGUCUGGUGCACAUCCCAACCGAGUUCCGGCUGCUGAUCCUGGCGGUGCUGGCGGCCGAUUUCCUUCUGGCCUUUUCCGUGGAUCGGCUCCUGCAGCUCCUGCUGGGCAAUUCCCGCCUCCCGGUGCCUUCCUGAGGGCUCCUCCCGCAUUCCCAAAAUCCCAAAAAUCCC